ACAAAACAAAAAUAACAAUUUUAUUCUACAAAUUCAUCUGUCCCUUGUCAUACUGCUGCGCUAUUUUCAUUAUGUUAUCAACUAUCCAAAUGUUGCUAAAUUUGGAUCUACUAUGUAAUCUUACUUAUCUGUAAUGCUAACAGUCAUGGGGAGUGAAACAGGGGAGUGAAAACAGAGAGGACCGAUAAAGGAGAGCUGUUAUAAGACGUGUCAGUUGUAUUUAGCCUGUUGCAUUAUGGAGGUUUCUCUCAUUCUGUGUGUCCUCACUGGCAUGUUCUUGCGUCCAACAGAUGGACAUGUGGUGGCUAAUUUCUGGGAUUCACCUGAUUGCGUCAAGUUCUUCUACAAGGAAAAAGUUCCAGAGUUGGGAGCUUCCCAGCCGAAUGUUGUCUGUUUAUGUCAGCGCUUUCUAAACACAUAUCACUUCGCCACACUGUACGACACAUACCACCGCACAGCUGUCUAUUCUGCAUACAUCUUUCAGACAAGUAAUGGUGGAGGCAGAGAGUCACGCUGGUUUGUGGAGCCUCAGUUGGUGAAUCCCACAUGGUCCAGUGAAAUGGAAGAUGGCUAUAAGCUGUCACAGCAGAACCCAAACAUCUACCUGGGAGAGAGACAGGCUUUAAAUGAAGACUACACAAACUCGGGAUUUGACCGUGGUCACCUAAAUCCCAACGGACAUCAUGCAGUUCCAAGUCGUAAUGCCACCUUUACCCUGACCAACGUGGUGCCUCAAAACCCAACACUGAACCAGAACGCUUGGAACAAACAUGAGUCCAAACUGACCAGCUUGUUUAAUGCAAACUGUCAUCAGGCUUAUGUGCUGGUUGGUGCCAUCCCUUCUUCUAACAACUGGAUCGUCAAAAACAAUGUCAAAAGGGUGAACAUCCCAGAGUACAUCUGGAACGCUUACUGCUGCGUCGAUCAAAAUGGCCGCCCCAUUCAAAGCGGUGCUGCGACUGCGCUCAACACAGAGCUGAAUGUUGUUGUGGAACGCAGCCUAGAUGAGAUGGUCAACUUCCUUCAGCAGUUCUCUGAUGCACCAGUGGAGGAGCUGUUCAGCGGCCAAUGCAGAGCUUAGAUCAACACAUUCAAAUAAACUUAUAAUGAGGCAAUAAGGCUGUAUUUUCAAAUCACAUAAACAUUAUGCAUCAUUAUGUGUCUUUUAAAAUAAUAUAUAUGAUUUAUUCUCUUGGAUAAGAAAGGGAAAUACACCAAUACAAAAUGCCAUGCCUUACAGACAUUUUUUUUAACUAUAGAAAAUACAUGUAGUUUUUAGUAUUUAUGUAUAUUUUGUGUUUUUAACAUGUUCAGGUUAUACUGUACUUAACCUUAACCCACUUACCCUAUAGCCACAUUUGAUUAAAAAUAAGAAUAUUCAGAAAAUUUUAAAUCAUAUUUAUAAAUUUGUGCAUCACACUGAUAUGAAUCAAUUGCUCAUGAAUACAAUAAUGUCCAUGAAACUCCAGAUAAGCAUUUAUAAUCUUUUAUACUUCAUCUUACCCCUCAAUUACAUUAAAGGAAUCAUGACAUGAGAAAUCAAAUUC